AGGCAGAAGUGGCAUCUUUGAAUCGCCGUAUCCAGCUGGUAGAGGAGGAGUUAGACCGAGCCCAGGAGCGCCUUGCCACAGCUCUGCAGAAGCUGGAAGAGGCAGAGAAGGCUGCAGAUGAAAGUGAAAGAGGCAUGAAAGUCAUUGAGAACAGAGCUCUGAAGGAUGAGGAGAAGAUGGAACUGCAGGAGAUCCAGCUCAAGGAAGCCAAGCACAUCGCAGAGGAGGCGGACAGGAAGUAUGAGGAGGUUGCUCGGAAACUGGUGAUCAUAGAAGGAGAUCUGGAGCGUACUGAAGAGAGAGCUGAGCUUGCAGAGUCUAAAUGUUCCGAGCUGGAAGAAGAGCUGAAGAAUGUCACCAACAAUCUCAAGUCUCUUGAGGCUCAGGCUGAGAAGUACUCUCAAAAAGAGGAUAAAUAUGAAGAAGAGAUCAAGAUCCUGACUGAUAAACUCAAAGAGGCGGAGACCCGUGCUGAAUUUGCUGAACGAUCUGUAGCCAAGCUGGAGAAGACAAUUGAUGAUUUGGAAGAUGAGCUCUAUGCCCAGAAACUGAAGUACAAAGCAAUUAGUGAGGAACUGGACCACGCCCUGAAUGACAUGACUUCCAUAUAAACUGAAAUCCACCAAAGAGGAGCAUCUCUGCACGCAAAGAAUGCUGGACCAGACCCUGCUAGAUCUGAACGAGAUGUAAUGGAUCCCUGCCACUGCCUCUGCCACACGAUGCCCGGGUGGGCCAGCCCAGCUGCUGCUGACCUCUAACCCUUGGGGACCAGAGUUUACUUUCUGUUGCCAACUUGACCAAACACAAAUCUUCUCCUUCACCUCAGGGUUAAAGGCCAUCAAGUUGGGCAGAGCUUCAAACAGCAUUAUUAAGGGAAAUAAACAAUGCAAUAAUGUUUAGGGAGCAUGUUUGAGAUGUAUACAUUUUGUAACUAUCUUUUUUUGUAGCAACCAUUGUAAACAUUCCAAAUAAUUCUGAGGCUGAUGAGCUACCCUUCAAAGCUUGUGGCUUUAAAAUUCGGUAUUAACCUUCUGUUAAUCAGCUCUGGGCCACCCUGCUUUGGCAGGGGAGGAAGAAGGGUGUG